UAAAAUCGCUGUCGACAGAUGUCAUCAAAGUUAACAUAGUAGAAAGUUAAAAAAAGGCAAAAUUUGGAUAUAUCAAAUAUAAUUCGAUAAAUAAAUUUUAUUUAGCACUGGAAAAAGAAUUGGAACAAAUGCUUUCAACUCUUUAAGUCAAUAGUUUAAUAUUAAAAUCAUAUUUGAUAAAUUCUAAAAAUUUUAACAAAAAUAGUUCCAAGCCAAAAUGCAGAAAGAUCAUUUUAAUUAUGAUGUGCCUGAUAAAAACCCUGAAAGCAUUUGUGCAACUAACAUUCCGGUUACCUCCACUACUCGUAGAAGUGAUUUCAUCCAUUCUGGAUUAAAAAAUGAAUUUGCAAAAAUAUUUGAAAACUUGGGAAUAAAGUUCAAUGCAGCAACAUUAUCCAAGCAGAGAAGUCGAAUGGAGUCAACUAAUAAAGGUCUGUUUUGGAAUAAGUCUUAUAUGUUAAGAAAACAGAUCUUCAACAUUCCAACAGCAGCACGUGCGAAACGAAUUAGAUUUAUUAGAAAUGGUGACAUAUUAACAUCCGGAAUUGUGAUUCCAGUUUCAAAAAAAAAAUACCGAUCCUUCGAAAGCCUCCUUGAUGAUAUAACAAGAAUGUUUCGUCAGAUGUACCAUUUAACAAGAGGUAUAAGUGCAAUAUGUACACUUAAUGGAGAUCUGAUCACAGAUUUGGAUAAGCUUGAAAAGGGCAAAAGUUAUGCGUGCUGCUAUCAAAAUGAACAUUUUAAGAAGGUGCAAUAUAAAGUGUUGGAAGUGCCUGCAGUGCAAGGAAAGAAGAAAAAAGAAGUCAACUAUAUUUCUAAAUUUAAUAAGAUGCUGCAAAUUAGUAAGUAUCCAAAAGUUGUAAAUAAAAAUACGAAUGACGUGGAAGAUCAAGAUAUCAUCCCACGAACUCUUAUGUUGAUUAAAGAUGGUGUACCACCACGUAACAUUAAGCCACUUCUAUUGAAUAAGGAUAAUGCUUUACACUUCGAACAGGCAGUUAAAACCAUUUCUGAUUUGUUUUCCUUUGAUUCUACACAACUUCCAAAUAUAUAUUCACCUUCAGGUGAACCGGUACUUAAACUGUCACAAUUGUUUGCUGACGAUUAUAUAUUUUUUGUGUUUGAUGCGAAGACUGAACCAAUCCCUAAUAAAUUCUCACUUCAUCCCCAUGAAAGAGUAUAUAUCAUGACAAAUGGGCAAAUAGAUAGCGCUAUUAAGGAUGUACACAAAAAUGUGAGCGCUGAGAAACUAAUGGAUGAUAGCAAAUUGAGACUUUGCAUUGCUGCAGCGAAGUUUCCAGUACAAAUAAGAGAGCAUUAUAAUUUUGGGGAGGUGAUUGGUGAUGGAAAUUAUUCUAUUGUAAUUAAAAUGUUCAAUCGAUAUAACCUAAACCAGAUGGCCCUUAAAAUAAUUGACAAGCGUAAAUAUCAAAAUCUAUCUUAUUUCCACGAUGAAGUUAGAAUUAUGAGAAAACUGAAACAUCGACACAUUGUGACAAUGCUGAUGUCAUUUGAUAGAUGUGAAAAUAUGUAUAUUGGAUUUGAAUACCUACGGGAUGGUGAUUUAUUCGAUAUUAUCAAACGCGCCAAAAAGUUUUCAGAGGAACAAUCCCGACUCAUAAUAGAACAGUUGGCUUCUGCAUUAAUUUAUAUGCAUUCCAAAAGUAUAAUUCAUCGCGAUAUUAAGCCAGAAAACCUUCUUGUAAGGUUGGACGAAACACAUUUCAUUUCUUUUAUUAAAUUAAGUGACUUUGGAUUUGCAAUCGAGGCACUCGAGCCUAUUUAUGACAUCUGUGGCACACCUGCAUAUAUGGCCCCGGAAACAGUUAAACGUUGUGGUUACUAUGUAGAGGUUGAUGUGUGGGCAACUGGUGUUCUAUUGUAUUUACUACUUUCAGGAUAUUUUCCAAUCGAUCUACAUGAAACCGAAUACGACUCUGAAAUCUGUUAUAACCUUAUUGAACAAGGCAAAUAUAAUUUUGAUCAUAAGUGUUGGAAGUCCGUAUCUAAAGGAGCACGUAACCUUAUUGCUAGUAUGAUGGAGGUUAAUGUAAGCUUACGCCUAACCGGUGCAGGGAUUUUAUCUCAUUAUUGGAUAAUGAAUAAAAACCAAUAAUUGCGUAAAAUUUUACAUACAAAAUAGUUAUUUAUUUAU